AUGGGGAUCCGGUAUCUCAAGCUCUGGAUGGACGCGUAUGUCGAUUGCGUCAGAGCUACUCACCCCGUGGCUCGAUCUCUUUACCUUCAUCCAGGAGAACCUCCACCAUCUGCAUACUCUCCACGUCUGGACGGGCAUUCCCCAUGCUGUUCUAUGGUGCAGUGCUUCUUUCAUACGGAAAAGGGCAUCUUCCUUGAGUACAUGAGAGAUGCGGUUCUAUUCGCAGAUGGGUCCCUGUCCUCUAGGAUACAAAACAAUCAUUUUAAGGAUCAGCAAACCAUGAUUGUUACUGAAGUGAAAAAGUUGGAGCCUCUACUCCUUCGGAAGAAAUGGAUGAAUGAUCUUGCUCGAGCCGUCGCCUUCCUUGAAUCACUUGGACUCGCCCAUGGUGAUUUACGACCUGAAAACGUUUUGCUUGACCGUGACCGACUGAAGUUAUCGGAUUUUGAUUAUACAGCAAAGAUUGGGGAAGACUUUGAGGCUUGUGUGGCCCCAUAUGGAAGGUUACUUAACAAGGACGAAGUGCACUACGGGCGGCCUGGAACUUCUGGCUUCUUGAGCUCCAGAACUGAGUUGUUCGCACUUGGCUCCCUAUACUAUUUGAUAAACUACGGCUUCGAGGUCUACGGAGAUCGAAGUCUUACUGAAGACCCUAACGAUCAUGAACCCAAGAUCGUGGAGUUGCUGCAGAACAAGGAGUAUCCUAUCAUCAGCAAGUGUUGGCACAACGAUUACGCUACGGUUGCAGAGCUCGCUGCACACACUGAUAUGCUUCUUCAUGAAGGAGCUUAUAGGGGGAGCUCCACUGAAGAUACUGUUCCCUCGAACAUUGGAUGGGGCGUGGCUAUGGCUGUAGGCCGCAUCAUCCAUGGGUUAUGGCGCAGUCUCGCCAAAUGGAGAUGGUUAUUGAAACCUGAUGGCAACAGCUGCGAAAUGCUGAACCAAAACCACUCAUCAGAAGAUUACUUGUCGAAGAACGCAAUUUGCAAGGACUUGCUACGCUGCGGGCUUCUUGAUCUGCUAUCUUCGGGUGAGCCUGAACAGCUUGGAUUCCAAGUGGAAUGGUAUAGACACAGUUUUCAGGUAUAA